AUGCAUGACAAACAAGAUAAGGUUGCUGAGAAGAAAAAGGAGUCAAGGCAAGCAGAAAGUUUUGUGACAGUCUCAUUCCAGGACAUAUCUCAAAGAGCUAGGAAACAAGCAAAAAUAUUCGCCGACAAUUACAUGAAUGGUGGAAAAGAAGGCAACAAUAAUGAGGAACAGCAUAAUCAGAGGAAGAAUUCCCAUAUACAUAAUUAUUAUAUUGGAGGGACAACUGCAACAUGCCCUCAUUGGCAAGCAAUGAUAUGGGAUGAGGAAAGAGUCAACAAAAUCCAAAAGAAACAACCACCAGAAUUUUCCAUUUGUUGUGGGAAAGGAGCUGUCAAAUUACCACUACUUAAGGAGGCACCUGAAUUUCUGAAAAAACUAAUGCAAUAUGUAGAUGGUGGGUCGCAAGCAUCAAAUUUCAGACUGAACAUCAGGGCAUAUAAUUCAAUGUUUGCAUUUACCUCACAGGGUGCCAAAGUGUCCAAAGAACAGAAAAAUGGUUCAGCCCCAUGGGUGUUUACAAUGUAUGGGCUUAAUCAUCACUUCAUGGGGUCUUUGUUGCCACUGGAUGGUAAGCCACCUGCAUUCUUACAACUGUACAUUAUAGACACUGAAAAUGAAGUCAAAAAUAGGAUGAAUGCUAUUACCUGUAAGAAAAAAAAUGAAAAACAGGAUGGAAAGUCAGGCGUUAAAUCUUCAAUGAUGGCCAUGGACGAAUAUGGAAAGAAGAGCACAAGGGAAUUGAAUGAAAACACUGUUGCUGGCUUAGUUACAAUGCUGGACACACACAACUGGCUAAGCCAAAAAUUCAGAAUGUGGAGGGAUAGGUACAGACCAGAUGAACUAAGCGAUGUUGAAUUCCGUCUUAUUGGUACACGAAAAAGGGAUGCGAGGCAAUACAAUCUUCCAACUACAUCUGAAAUAGCUGGAAUUGUAGUUGAUGAUCCCGAUUCAGAUGGAAAAAGGGACAUAAUCAUACAGCUAAAAAAUGGUUUACUGAUAGAUAUAUCCGAGUUGCACCCAAGUUAUAUGGCAUUGCAGUAUCCACUAUUAUUUCCUUAUGGUGAAGAUGGUUUUCAUAUUGAUAUUCCAUAUGAUAAGAAAAUUAAAAUUAUUCACGACGACGAAAUAGACGAUGAAAUAGGUAAUGAAAAGAAGAGAAAAAACAUAACUAUGAGGGAAUACUAUACAUUCAUAUUGCAACAAAGAGCAGGUGAAGGUCAAACACUUCUCCGGGGAGGACGACUAUUCCAGCGGUAUGUGGUUGAUGCUUAUGCUACAAUUGAGCAAAACAGAUUGCAGUGGGUUAAAGGCCAUCAAAAAGAAAUACGUUGUGACUUAUACAAUGGUAUACAAGAAGCCGUAAGGGUUGGAGACACUAAACCCGGUAGCGUAGGUCGAGUAAUCUUACCAUCAUCUUUCACAGGUGGGCCAAGAUAUAUGAUUCAUCAUUACCAGGAUGCAAUAGCCUUAUGCAGAGAGUUGGGACCCCCUGACUUAUUUAUUACAUUCACAUGUAAUCCGAAUUGGCCGGAAAUUGCAGAAGCUAUCAAAAUGUUCCAUGGGAAAAAGCCAAGUGAGAGAUCCGACAUGAUCAGUCGCGUAUUUCACAUCAAACUGAAACAGUUAAUGUCGGACUUGGUUGGAAGCAGGCAUUUCGGAGAAGUGCAAGGAGCUCUCUAUACUGUUGAAUUUCAAAAACGAGGUUUACCUCAUGCUCAUAUAUUGUUGUGGCUUAAACCUGAGGAUAAGCGAAGAUCCGCAGCACAUAUUGAUUCAAUUAUAUCUGCAGAAAUUCCAAACCCUAAUGAAAACAAGGAUGCAUUUGAUGCAGUAUGCCAGUAUAUGCUCCACGGUCCAUGCGGACAUGCAAAACCUGACUCUACAUGUAUGCGCGGCAAAAAAUGCAAAAAAAAAUUCCCAAAGAAAUAUAGCAGCAAAACAUAUGUUGAUGAUACGGGAUUCGUAAUUUAUAAGAGACGACAUGCAGAUUGGGGACCGGAAAAGGAAGGAAUCAAGUUAGAUGCAGGAUGGGUUGUGUCAUACAAUCUAGACUUGAUAAUGAGAUAUGAUGCACACAUCAAUGUGGAAAUCUGCAACUGUAGGGGUAUGACUAUUAAAUAUUUGUUCAAGUACAUCCACAAAGGAAAGGACAUGAUAACUGCAAUUGUUGCAGUAUUUCCACCUGGUAAAAAAAAUUCAUACAACCAGGGUGCAAAUGACAAAAAUCCAAACAACAAUGGUGUUGUCGAAGAAACACAAAAGACAACUAAGGACGAGGUCAAUACAUAUCUCGAGGGACGAUACCUAUCAGGAUGUGAAUGUAUAUGGAGGACACUUGGUUUUGAAAUUCAUUACCGAAAUCCAAGUGUGGAAAGGUUGCCAUUACAUCUCGAAGGGGAACAGUUAGUGUACCACAACGAUACCGAUGAUUUGAGAGAUGUUCUAGACAAGGCAGAUCCGGAUGCAUCAAAAUUCAUUCAAUGGAUGCAAGCUAAUAGAGAUCAUGAAGAUGCAAUACAAUGGACAUACGCAGAGUUUCCUAAGCAUUGGAGAUGGGACCAAGCGAUAAAAACAUGGAAAGUAAGGCAAAGGGGCUUCAAGAUUGGGCGUAUCUACUAUGUGCAUCCAACAACGGGUGAGAAAUACUACCUGCGUAUUUUAUUGAAUGUGCAAAAAGGUUGCAAAAACUAUAAUGAUAUUAAAACAGUGGGUGGAAUGAUUCAUCUUACAUUCAAAGCCGCCUGUUUGGCACUAGGAUUGUUGGAAGAUGAUGGUGAAUGGCACAGAGCCAUUCAGGAAGCAGCAGAAACACAUACAUGCAAGAGGUUACGUGAAUUGUUUGUUAUAAUCUUACUGAAUUGCAAAGUAACAGAACCCAAAAAACUAUGGCAUGAUAAUUGGGAUCUUUUAGCAGAAGACAUCAAGUACGAACAAAUAAAGUUUUACGGAGAUUCGGCACGAACACUAGCCAAUGAAGUCUUGCAAAAUUAUACACUACAGGAAAUUGAGAAGAUUUUCUGGAAAUAUAAUCGAACUUUAAGGAAGGAUGAAUUUUCGGAGGCAGAGGAUUUGAAGAACGCAUUAAACAAAAAACAGGCAUUGGCGUUUAACGAGAUUUCAAGGUCAGUAGAACAGAAUGAUGGUCGUUUGUUUUUUGUCUAUGGAAGUGGUGGAACAGGUAAGACAUACCUAUGGAGAACCCUUAUUGCUUCCCUUCGGUCACAGGGUAAAAUUGUUCUAGCAGUUGCUUCUUCUGGAAUAGCAUCACUUCUAUUACCAGGUGGUCGUACAUCUCAUUCAAGGUUCAAGAUUCCAUUGAAGCUGAAUGAAACAUCCUGCUGCAAUCUAUUUAAAAAAACAGAUCUAGCUGAGUUAUUGUGCAAAGUAGAUUUGAUUAUAUGGGAUGAAGCACCAAUGAUGCACAGGAAUGCACUUGAAGCAGUUCAAAGAGCUCUUGAUGAUUUAAUGAUGGAAGCGAAUAACGAUAAGAAGUUAUUAUUCGGGAAAAAAACACUGGUGUUAGGGGGUGAUUUCCGACAAAUUCUACCAGUUAUUGAGGAAGGAACAAGAGAAGACAUAGUAAAUGCUUCUAUAAGCAAAUCAAAAUUUUGGAAAUACUUCACUGUUUUCGAACUUACAGAGAAUAUGAGAUUAUCCACCGGAGAUACAUCCCAGGAAAAAAAGGAUGAAAUAGAGGAAUUCGCAAAAUGGAUUCUUGAUGUUGGAAAUGGUAAAGCACCGGCAAUCAUUUUGGAUGAAUCCGAAGACAAAGAUUGGAUACAGAUACCAUCAGAUUUACUGAUUGACUGUAAAGAAAAUCACAUUCAGACAAUAGUAGAGACCAUGUAUCCUGACUUUUUGAAAAGAAUGCUUGAAAAGGAGUACCUUGCUGAACGGAGUAUACUGGCGCCCACGAAUAAAUGUCUUCACAAGAUAAAUUCACAUGUCUUAUCAUCUGUGCCAGGAAAAGAACGUACAUAUCUAAGUGCGGAUUCAAUCGGACCAGAGUCAUCAGAAUAUCACUCAAGUGUUGUUUUCUACGACAAAGAAUUCCUCAACAAGCAUGAGGAAUCUGGAAUGGCAAGCCACAAGUUAACUCUAAAGGUUGGAGUACCAAUUAUGCUUCUGCAUAAUCUGAGCAACGCAUAUGGACUAUGCAAUGGCACAAGGUUAAUUGUGACCCAGUUAGGAGAUACAGUAAUUGAAGCUGAAAUACUCACAGGUCCAGGUAGUGGAAAUAGGGUUUUCAUACCACGAAUACUUAUGACUACACCUGAGACAAGUUUACCAUUUAUUUUACACAGAAGGAAAUUUCCAGUAAGAAUUUGCUAUGCCAUGACAAUAAAUAAAAGUCAGGGGAAAAGCCUACCAAAUGUGGGAGUUUACUUGGAAGUACCUGUUUUCUCCCAUGGACAGCUUUAUGUAGCCAUUUCAAGAACCACUAGAAGACAAGGCUUGAAAAUAUUGAUCAAGAAGAAUGGGAAAGAACCAGACGGGUACAAUAGAACAAAGAUAAUACUGAUGGAGGAGAACAGGGAAAGAAACGUACCAGCACUGCAAUUUAAGGAGGCUAUUUCUGAAGAAGGGCUGAAGGAUGAAAACACCACUACAUGGCAUAAAUGGCAUUGA